AUGUCGAGGGAAUUCAACGUCCCGCCAGUGAUUUUCCCAUCCGGUGGAAACCCUAACACUGGCCCUCAACGACGACUCCCCACUGCUCCAUUCCAGCCAUCGAGAUCUUCAAACCCUAGCAUCCCUUUCAUGUCCUUCGACAUCGGCUCCUCUCCAGCAUCCACCUCCUUUGCAACCCCUCAAUUUGGCAGCAUCGGAAGCGGUAGCGGUAGUGCGAACUUCGACGAUGAACCGCCUCUCCUUGAAGAGCUUGGUAUAAACACCAAACAAAUCUGGAACAAAACAGCUUCGAUUUUGAAUCCCUUUAGAGUUAAAGUAGAUCUUCACGAAGACGCCGAUCUAUCGGGUCCGUUUUUGUUUCUUAUGGCAUUCGGAUUGUUCCAGUUACUUGCUGGCAAGUUGCAUUUCGGGAUUAUUUUGGGGUGGGUGACAGUAGCUUCUCUGUUUCUGUAUGUUGUGUUCAACAUGUUAGCAGGCCGAAAUGGGAAUCUCGAUUUGUAUCGGUGUUUGAGUUUGAUCGGAUACUGUAUGUUACCUAUUGUGAUAUUAUCCGCAGUAGCAUUGUUUGUUCCUCAAGGUGGGCUGGUGAUCUUUGUGAUGAUGGGGAUUUUCGUGAUAUGGUCUACACGGGUGUGCACGAGGCUGUUGGUGGAACUAGCAUCCUGCGGCGAUGAACACCGUGGUCUAAUUGCGUACGCAUGUUUCUUGAUCUACAUGCUUUUUUCAUUAUUAGUUGUAUUUUGA